GGUAACUUAGCUGGUAACUUGGCUGGUAAUUUAGCUCGAGGGCUAAGAAAGUUUAAAGAAACUAAAUUUCUUUGCACUCCGUACCCGCAGAGUCGCAGACAUAUUAUACAUAUAUGCACGAUACUUUAACCAAUAGGGACCUAAGAGUAGUAAUACCAUGUAGUAAUUGCCGGGGCCCCUUUCUAACUCGACUAGCCGAUCAGCCUCCGGAUCAUCACGGGUUAAAUACUACCGAAAGAAAGCUACUAACCAGGUUACCUCUACUAUGUACCUACUUACUUUAACUUACCUAAGAAAGUAUUUAGAGCUUCUCAAUUAGAUUAUGUUAUAGAAUAUAAGAAAGGUGUACUUGCGUAUCUAGCAGUGUUUUUUUGAAGAUGUCGGGAAAGCUUAUCAGUGCACAGGAAGUCGUGAAGCACACGUCACCCGAGAGUUGCUGGGUGAUACUAUACGGACAUGUCUAUGACGUGACCGAUUUCUUGACAUCCCAUCCGGGAGGUUCCAAGAUUAUCCUACAGCUCGCAGGUCGGGAUGCGACGGAGGAGUAUGACCCUAUACAUCCUCCGGGAACACUAGAGGAGAAUCUCAAGCCCGAAGCCAAGUUGGGUCAGGUCGAUCCCGAGACUGUGAUCCAAACUGACAACACGGAGCCCAAAGAGGAAGAGAAGGAAGAUGAGGGCCCGCCUCCGAUGGAGAACCUGCUAAAUCUCGACGAGAUCGAGGAGGUGGCUACGAAGCGCAUGCCCCACAAGGCAUGGGCGUACUACUACUCAUCCAGCGACGACACGUUUUCCAAGUCGUUUAACAACGCUGUCUACAGGGACAUCCUACUACGGCCGCGGGUCUUCGUCGACUGCACCAACUGCGACACCUCCACGACCCUGCUAGGCCAGAAAGUCGACGUCCCCAUCUUCGUGGCCCCGGCGGCGAUGGCGCGGCUAGGCCACCCGGACGGCGAAGCCGGGAUCGCGCGCGCUUGCGGCAAGUUCGGCGCGAUGCAGAUCAUCUCGAACAACGCGUCGAUGACACCCCAGCAGAUCGUGGCGGACGCACAACCGGGCCAGAUGUUCGGGUGGCAGCUGUACGUGCAGAAGGACCGCGCCAAGAGCGAGGCCAUGCUGCGCCGCAUCAACGCCCUCCCCGACCAGUUCAAGUUCAUCUGCCUGACCCUCGACGCCCCCGUCCCCGGCAAGCGCGAGCUCGACGAGCGCCAGAGCUUCAAGAGCGCCGUCAAAGUCGCCUCCGGCGUCAAGGGAGCCGACGAGCCCAGCCGCCCGGGAGGUGGCGGUGUCGGCCAGCAGCUCUUCUGGGGCACCGCGUCCGACCUCACCUGGAAGACGGCGCUGGCGUGGCUGAAGCAGCACACAGACCUGCCGAUCGUGCUGAAGGGCGUGCAGACGCAUGAGGACGCGCUGCUGGCGGCCCGUCACGCGCCGCAGGUCAAGGCCAUCAUCUUAUCAAACCACGGCGGCCGCGCGCUCGAUACGGCGCCGCCUGCCGUCCACACGCUGCUCGAGAUCCGCAAGUACUGCCCCCAGGUUUUCGACCACAUCGAGGUCUGGGUCGACGGCGGCAUCAAGCGCGGCACCGAUGUCGUCAAGGCGCUGUGUCUGGGCGCCAAGGGCGUGGGGCUGGGACGCGCGGCGCUGUUUGGGCUCGGCGCGGGCGGGGAGAGGGGCGUCGAGAGGGUGCUGGAGAUUCUGAAGGCAGAAACCGAGACGUGUAUGAGGCUGCUCGGGGUGGAGAAAGUGAGCGAGUUGGGGCCGAGACAUAUCAACUCGAGGAAGGUCGAAAGGGAUAUAUUCGACGGAGGGGCCGGGCUCGAGAACUUUGGGCUGUGGGAUAAGGUUAGGUCGAAGUUGUGAGGAACAUGUCUGCCUAGGUAUCUACUAGCCCAGGUCCCAGGUGGAUUCUAGAUCUAUCCCCUGCUUAGGAACUUUUGUAUUCUUCUAGAAUAGGUAUGUAUCUAGGGUGGAGUGGUGGUAGGUAGAUAUGUGUUUGCUUGUUUGUUUGGGUAGUUAUCUGCUUGUUUCAGUUUUGGAUAUAAUUUAGCAUGGCUCGAUAGCGAUGAUUAGAGAUUCCAUAUAUCUAUAUACCUUUCAACACUAACUACCAAC